AUGUACUCAAUAACAUCAAUUAUUAUACCAACAUCAAUUAAUAAAUUACCUGAUGGUUGUUUUAGUGGAUGUAUUUCUUUACCUUCAAUAAUUAUACCAUCUUCUAUUAGUAAAAUAGGAACUUGUUGUUUUAUUGGGUGUGAAUUACUAACAUCAAUUAAUAUACCUUCAUCAGUUAGAACAAUAGGUGAUGGUUGUUUUAGUGGGUGUAUUUCAUUAACUAAUAUUGAUAUACCAACAUCAAUUACAUCAUUUGGGAAAUCCUGUUUCUUUAAUUGUGGUUGUGGAUUAGAAUUAAAACAAAAUAUGACAAUUCCAAGAGAUUUUAUAUAUUAUUUUAUUUUUAUUAAAAUAAAUAAAAAAACAUAUAAUAAAAGAGCACGUUAUUAA